AUACCCAAAUCUACAAACCAGGCCUGUCAUCCGCUCUCUCUAAUUCCCAGUUCCGACUGGUCGAUGAAGAAGACCAGACAAAAUUCAACGGCAGCCGAAGCUGCUUUUCUCAAACGGAAGAGGCCAGUUAAGAAGAAAAACGGGAAGAAGGAAGGGAAAGAAGAGGGAAUUAUUACUCCUUUAAUUGAGAAAUAUUGGUUUCAAAGGUACAGUCUUUUUUCAAAAUAUGAUGAAGGAAUUAAAAUGGAUGAGGAAGGCUGGUAUUCGGUUACUCCCGAGGAGAUAGCCAUUAGGCAUGCGGAGAAGUGCGGUGGUGAUGGACUUGUCAUUGAUUGCUUUUCCGGUGUCGGUGGUAAUGCCAUCCAAUUUGCUAGACUGUGUACUUUUGUUGUUGCUAUUGAUAUUGAUCCUCAAAAAGUUAAUAUGGCCUUUAACAAUGCAAAGGUAUAUGGAGUGGAAGAUUAUAUUGAUUUCAUUGUUGGAGACUUUCUCAUGCUUGCUCCAUCUUUGAAGGGGGAUGUAGUGUUUCUUUCACCACCAUGGGGUGGUCCAUCCUAUAAAAGAAUUGAAAGUUUCACCAUGGAUUUACUGAAGCCAAAAGACGGAUACUCAAUAUUUCAAGCCGCACAGAGGAUAACACCUAAGAUCAUUAUGUUUUUGCCUCGGAAUGUGAACUUAAACCAAGUCGAAGAACUUUCAUGGUUGUCUUCUCCUCCUUUGAGCAUUGAGUUGGAGUUAAACUAUUUGGAAGGCAAUUUCAAGGGCAUAACUGUCUGCUUUGGUAGCAGUGCGUGCAGUUCAGUCUUAUAACCAUAGUUUCAGAGAGUUAAUCGUUAGUUUUAUCUUUUCCUUUCUGGGGAGAAUAGGGAGGGUGGGCGUUGGGGUUGAAGUGGGAGGAUUAACACCUUUAGGCUUCAGUUGACAGUGUCCCUGGGUUUUGAACAAUGGACCUGCGGGUUGCCAGAUUUGAGCUACUGAAUUUGGAGCUAAUGCUCACUGAGCUCAAAGCCUGUGGUACAAUUUCUACUAUUGUAGCCAUCUAGAUGUGGAAAUGGAAUGUUAAAUAAUAGUGCUUCAUAAUGUGAUGAAUGACACUUUAAAUCUGCACCAUAUUAGUUUUCUUAUUAUUUGAGCUUUCUCUUGUUUUUUCUUUUACUUUAUUGGAGAUUUCUCUUGAUUGAGAAGGUUUGGUGCUUUUCUAAGUAUAACGUGUGGUAGUUUUCUAAUAUUACUUCUUUGUGCAAAUCAAGCACCGUAGAAAGAAAAGUGAAGGUAAAAUCAUAAGAGAGUAUCCGAUCGCCAUAAAUAAGGAGCAAAAAUGGGUUUCAAGCACAAACAAACAUCAAUAUGCAAGUUUUGCAUUUGCUAUUAUUCCUUAUGCGUAUAAAAUGCUUCUUAAUUAGCUUGAGCAUCAACAAACUAAAAUCCAAGAGUU